AUGGAAAGAGCGUUGCAGCGCGAAUGCGGAUAUGAUGGCGGCUUGCCUUAUCUCGACUUCACGAAGUACGAAGGAAGACCGCUACAGGAGUGGCCGAUCUUCGAUGGGUCGCCUUCUUCACUUUCAGGCAAUGGGGUAUCGACAUCCGAUGGCUGCUCGUGUGUCAGGAGCGGACCGUUAGCACAAUGGGUUGUCACCAUACCGCCCAGUGCUGAUGGUACACGCGCUUGCAGUCAGAGCGUUCCGCGGUGCUUGGAACGACGAUUCGACCCCACGAAAGCACUGCCAAUCUUGACGGAUGCCAACAUCGCUCAGCAUAUCCGGGACGGUGUGGGUGAGUCUCUUCGAUCUAUUUUUGGAGGCUCUGAAUGUGCGUGGAGCUGACAGCCGUAGAUGCCGCGACCUUUGCUCCUAACCUCGAAACUCUGCCGCAGCCCAUCCACAGUGCGAUUCACGAUCUUAUCAGCGGCUUACAAGAAGACGUCGCCGUCUCACCAGGAGAUCCAAUGUUCUUCCUGAUUCACUGUUUCCUGGAUCUCAUAUGGGCAAUCUGGCAGAGCUUGGACUACAACUCGAGAACCUACGAUCUCGCACCCUCAGAGGCAUGGGCGCCGGAACGGCAGCAACUCAAGAGUAAGUGGUUACACUCGCAGUUGUGCUUUAAGGCUCUUGAUAUUGAUGACGAGUGCAGGGUUACCGCCGCCACAGGUCAGCCUCGGGACGCCACUUCCCAUGACGGCGGCCUUUCCAAAUAGUGUGAGAGUCCAGGAUGUUAUGAGCACAUUCGCUGGAGCCAACUGUUACAUGUUCGUAUAG